GUGGGGGGGUGUCCUCUCAGUCUUAUGAUCAGUAACAGGGGACAGCAGAAGUGGACACAUUCACAAGUCUUUUUUUGUUGUUGCUUGUUUUAUGCGGGAUCUUUCCUGUGGAAUGCCAACAAAUGUGAAGACAAACGUUGAGGCGAAGAGGAGGGGAAAGAUAAGUGUCAAUCUGUCGAGACUUGUUUGGGAAUUUGAGGAAGGAGGAGAGCUAGGGAAAGACAGCGAGAGGCAGCAAGAGGAAAAAGCAAGGAGCACUCAGGCAUAAACAUGAACUAUUCAAAAGAGUUGAUCGACUGAGAGAGAGAGAGAGAGAAAAGACAGUUGAGAUUUAUUAGGAAAAACAAGAGGAAAUCUACUCGGAUAACGCCAAGACAAAGAGAAUGAAUUGUCAAAAGUUGUGCAAUCCUAUGCUUUUGAGCUGAGCUUAAACAGAGGGGGAGAGCAGUAUCUCCUCUGGAUACACGUUCAGAUUCACCAAAUUAUGGUACCAUGGGGAGCAAAAAGGCCAUUUCUACCAUUUUUGACACGUUGUCUAGCCUAACUGUACCUGACUACAAGUUUCAUUCAGGACGAAACUCUCGAGACCCAAGUCCAUCGCCAAAAACUAUUGCUUCGUUGGAAGAAGAAAGAGUCAACAAACAAAAUAAAAACGGGAGGAGGGAGGUGGAGCAGCAGCAACACAAAGACAGAGCUUCUGAUCUCUGGGUCAGAGAAAGAAAAAGAGAGCCGGAUGAAAGAGGAAGGAGGCGAGAAGAUGACAAGAGCCAAAAUGGUAGGCUGCUGUCGAAUGUGGAGAACACAGAGACUGAGCAAGGAAUAAAAAAGAAGGGAAAGAAAGGUGAUACAUUUCCAAGAAUGAAACAAGUUGACAGAGGUCCUCAAAGUACUCCUCCUGAGAUGGAAGAAGACAGGAGACAGAGAGAUGGUCAAAUAGAUAGCUGGGAGAAAAAGAGACAGAUGUACAGGGAAAGAGAAGGGCGACAAAACCCUAGAAGAAGAUACCCUGAAGACGAGAGAACAGUAAAGAGUGAACAAUAUACCUGUAAGAUGUCUGGAGUUGAACUUCAAGAGAGGACAAGUGAAACUACUGGUUCACGGGACACAAGAGAUAAAGAAGUAGCUAGAAAAAGAGAAAAGAUGAGAGCUGAUGUGGAUGAGGCCAAGAUGUAUUCACUUCAUAGAGGUCAAGAAAAAGAGAGGUACGCAGAAAGAAAGGAGAGGGCUCAGAGGAAAGAGAGGAUGAAAGAUGCCAGGAAUGAAGGAGACCUUGAGAGUAAGCUGAGAAGAGACCAAAUGAAGGACAGAGAGAGGGAAGAGGCAUCAAGUCAAUUCAGCAAAUAUGAGGAGGUAAACAGCAGCAAAAUGCCACUAGAGAGGGAUAAGGAUGGGCAGAGAAAGAGAGACAUGGAUAGAUCCAGGAGGAGAGAAGAGGACAACCGGAAAAGAUCUGACGAGGUUUUCAUGAGAACAGCAAGGCAGGUGGACAGAGAGGAAAUAUUGAGAAUGGAAAGAAAAUUAAUUGAUGAUAGGAGAGUGGAUGAUCAAUACAGAAAUGAGAGAAGAUACAAGAAGACAUGUGAACAACAGGCAGACAAAAGCAACAGAUCCAUGAAUGAUUCAGCUCAGAGGCCGCCUCCACAAGUCCAAAGAGGCAGAGAACGGAUCAGUGAUGGGGACAUUGAGAAAUAUAGACAAGACAGAGACAUUUAUAGGGAAAGGGAAAGAAGGACAAGACAGGCUGUUGAAGGUGAAAGAAUAAAAGAAAGAUGCAGCGAACCAAAGGCAGCAGCUGACAGAAGUCAGAAGCAACAAAUAAGAAGUGAGAAACAAGGAAGAGAUAGAAGAGAAACCACAAAUAGCUUGCCAGAGAAGAAAAGGAUGUGGUUAGAGCCACAGAGGGGCAAGACAACUGAAGAUAAAAACAGUGAGAGUUAUCAAAUGCAGAAAAGGGAGAGGAGAAGGGAGGAGAUGAACGUGGAGUCAAUGGAAGAAAAGGGAAGACCCAAGAGGCGAGAAAAAGCAGAACCAGAUGAGAGGAACUUGGAGCAAAGCUAUUCUAAAAGAAGGCAUGGUGGCAGAGAUGUGUAUAGCGGAGACUCUGCGGGAGUGAGUGUAGAUGGAGACGAUGAGGUGAGUGAAAUCUGGACAGAGCGAGGAGGGAAGGAACAUCUGUCUGACAGUUGUGGAGAGAUAGAGGAACGGCGACAGGGAGAUCUACAGGGAGAGAUAAUGACCAACAACACUGAGGAGAGUGACACAGACGAAGAUGGUGGGCGUGAAUCUUGGGCACCAUCUGGAAGUGAAAGAGGAAAUGAUGGGAGUUGGAAGCAAGACAGAAUUAUGUCAGGAGAGAACAUGGUUGUGACUUUGUCCAGUGGUGGAGACGAGGAAGAAGAAAGAGAAAAUUAUCAAAAGGAGUUUAAGGACUAUAAGAAUUCCUGUGAAGCUGGUGCUUCAGAUGAGGAUCCAACGCCUGAUAGUUCCAUGGGUUCUGAAGGUGAUGAUCGGGACGAAUCUACUACAAGGAAUGAGGAAGUGGUUAAUGAUGAUGCACAAGGGAGUCAAAAGAAGCCAAAGUAUGUCUUCUUUGUUGCUGGGCAAAGUCAUUCCCGGUCAGAAACAACUGAGCUGUCAUCGUCAGAAGAUGAUGAAGUGGGAGGAGUGGAAAUAGACGAACCAAAUUCAGAAACUCUUAAUCAAAGUAGUGAUGAGGCCAAACAUGAAUCUCAGGAUGCCCAGCAGCUGACAUCCAGCAGAAACAACAAGCAAAGUGACUACAGUUUUCCAAUAAAGGAAGGACUCUCAACAGGAGACACAGCUGAAGGGGACAUUCGAUACAAUGCAUCCAAAGAGCUACAAGAUGUUGAACUUAAAGAGGAAAUGAGGAGCAAAGUGGAACCCGUGCGCACAGGAUUUAGAGAAAUGAAAAGCGACUCAAAAACUGAACAACUCCUUGUACAUUGGAGAGAAAAUAAUAAAGGAAGACGACAAAGUCAUGCUGAUACUCGUUCUAGAGACAGUUUGGAGCGAAUUCCACCCUUCUUGGAUGACAUGAACAUUGAAACAAUGAGUCAAGAAGAGAUGGACGAAGUUCGGAUCAGAAUGAGCGGGGCAUGGACCAUGUCCAAGGAGCCAAAGCGGCAUUCCCAAGCCCCCCACCUGAAAUGGGCUACAAGUGUGGUGCGCGAGAUCCUGGGACACUCUGAUGAACAGGUGGUGAAUGAACCAAAACAAGAUCAAGGGGCCAAACAAAUCAAGAAUGAUGAGGAAAAAGACAUUGAUCCACAAAGGAGUUUUGAUUUGCCGAUUAUUUCGUUGACAAGAGAUGAUCAGAAUUCAGACCCGGAACUGGAGGAGGAAGACCUGGAGGUGGACUUUAAAGGUAUGGGACAGACCCAAGCCAACAUUCAAGCAGGCCACGUCACAGCUAUACAUGUUGUAACACCUUCAUACACUAAUACUGACACACAUUUAAACACCGAGGGGAAGGAAAAUCACACUAUGGACCAAAAGACUGAACUCUCUGGUCAGGCUCAGUUAGAAAGAGCAGAUAUAAAAGAGUUAAGAGAAACAGACAAUGGAAAAAGCAAGGGAAAGGAGGUGGAGGAGUAUUUAAUGAUCAACACACUGUACAAGCCUAAAAGCUGCCCCGUUCUUAACUAUGAUUCAGAACCUGAUCUUGUAACUCUCCCUAAAGAGGGUAGAAGCCAGGAGGUUAAAGACGAAAUGAGUGAAGGAGCAGAAGACAGGCAGACAGAAGAGGGGAAUACAGAAGCGGAGAUGGAGAAAUUUAUAGAAGAAACUGAGGUGGAAGUUAGAAAGGAUGAGAUAGGAGCUGAAUUGAAAGCGGCGACUGUCACAAAGUCUUCCAGUUUUCUGAAUAUGAGCCCUGAAGUUCGCAUACGGAGGCGGGCGAUCCGUAAAACCAAUAAACAAAGAGACGAAGACCAUGUAGACGUGGAAGAAGAAAUAAGUGUUGGAAGGGAUCGCAGAGCCAGAGUAUUCUCUCCAACAGCUUUUAUUUCUUACACGUUCAAGAUGAUGUUUUGUAGCGUCACUACAAAUAGCUACAUUUUUAUUUCAGAUGACGUUCACAGUAAAAGCUUGGGAGAGGUGAACCUAAGGAAUGCUUUCGACAAAAUGGCAAGACUCCAGGGGAAUUCAAGUUUUCUCAAUGCAGCGCUGCUCUACCAGCAGUACAACGAGGCGGCACAGAACAUUGAGAUUCUGCGUCAGUUUCGCUCCGAUGUUCUCUCAGUGGGUGAAGACCCUAACCUGUCCCCCAUGCCCUCACCUCCCCCUGCCCGCAGACCUCUUCCUCCCAUACCUCCAGUCCCACAGUUGUGCUCCUUGACUCAUGCCGGCUCUGUCACAAGUGCCAAAAAUUUGCCUCUCCCAGACAUCCCCAGGACUGAGCACAGGCCGCCCUCUCCACGUUUGUCCAUCUCACUCACACAGUAUUCCGUUCUGUGGCGGGAAUUGCCGGAAGUCAGGAAUGACCCUGAGCUGGAGAUGCUCACAGAGGAUCAAAGACGACUACAGGAGGUGAGAUUUGAGGUUGUGACGUCUGAAGCAUCCUAUUGCCGGAGUUUGGACAUAGUUGUUGAUCAUUUCGUCAAGUCCAAAGAUCUCGAUACGCUGCUGACCACUCAGGAUAAAAAGUGGCUGUUCUCCCGCCUGUCCGACGUUCGAGCCAUCAGCCGCAGAUUUUUAUCCAAACUGGAGGAGCGAGUGGAGUCGGACGUCAUGCACUUUACUGUGUGCGACAUCAUUGUUAAGCAGUGUCCACGCUUCAGGACAGUUUAUGUGCCGUACCUCACCAACCAGUCAUAUCAGGACGCCACCUACCAAAAACUCAUGAACGGGAAUCCGGGGUUCAAGCGGGUUGUGGAAGCGUUAGAGAAGAGUCCUGUUUGUCAGAGACUUCCUCUUCGCUCCUUCCUUGUGCUUCCCUUCCAAAGAAUCACAAGAAUGAGGCUGCUGGUCCAGAAUAUUGUGAAAAGAACAACUCCUGGUACAGUGGAGGCAACAAAUGCCAUCAAAGCGUUAAAACUUCUUGACAAGAUGAUUCAAGACAGUAACGACAGCAUCUCUCAGAUGAAAAACAUUGAGUCUUUGGUCACUCUCAAUUCUAAGGUGGACUUUGAGUGCAGAACUCUUCCUCUUGUCAGUCAGUCUCGGAGAGGGGGGAGGUUCACGGUGGUCGACCACAGUCCUGUGAAAGACCUGCGUGCGGAGAACUUCCGCGUUAAACUUCUCUCCCUACAGAAGAACGUUUUCCGGUUGCACUGGACCAACGAGUCCCUGCUUCUAAGAACCGAUUCACAGAGUGAUAAGCUACGCUGGAUAUCAGCCAUCUCCAGGCCCCAUCCAGAACUAGAUUUUUCUGCUGCAGAAGAUUUAGCCCAGAUGCAGUGUAUCCGAGCUUAUAUUGCUCAGCAGCCUGAUGAGCUGUCUUUAGAAAAAGCUGACGUUAUCUUGGUGCACCAGGACUCCAGUGACAAUUGGGUAGAGGGAACCAAACUGUCAGAUCUACAUCGCGGAUGGGUGCCCAAGUCCCAUUUGGAGGUCAUUACCAACCCCAAAGCCAGAAAACACAACCUGUCAGAUGCCUACAAGUUGACGACGGCUACAGCUGCUGUCUGAGCUGACUGCUGACUUCAGGAGUAAACAGAGGGAUGUCCUGAAUGCAUCACACUGUAGUUUAUCUGCUACGCGCUUCUGGUUGCUGCAUACCGGACUGUGGAUAUUCACUUUUGUUAAUAAAGUGUGCACAAAUGCAGCAGCUAAACCAACAACAACAAACUACAAAAAUGGAUACAAGUGUAGAUUUGUGUUUCGCUGGUUUCAUUCUGAGAAACGUUUUCAUGCUGGACAGUGCACAGGUUGGUAUGAGAGCCAUUCCCAGUUAUUUCUUUCAUUACAAUGUCAGGUACGUCGCAAACAUUUUCUGUAAAUCAGUGUUCUUAAAGUGCAUUGAUAGAUCUGUGUUUUAAAAGAAAAAAAAGGUAAGGGAGUUGCUUUCCUACAAGGAAUACUAUUUUUGGAAAACCAUUAUUUUGUGUGCAUAAUGACUAAAGACUAUGAUGCAAAAAUGUUUGGGAAAUUGCUUGUCGGAGCCCUGCAUGCAUAAAAGAUAACAUGUAUAUGCAAUGUCUUUGAGAGAAUUUAGUGAUGUACAGAGCUUCAUAUAAGAAAGACAUUUCAAUAAAGUCACAUUGAUGGAAUCAAAA